AUGCCAGAAACCCGCAAGAAAUCUGUUUUGGAGCUAGAGAAAGUGACCCAGAUCCUCGAAGAAGGCAUUCCCGUCCGUCGAAUCAAAAACAACAAAGUCGAUGGCAUUACUGUACUGGCUGUUGAAGGCGGAGCUCUCCUAAAAUACAAGUCUUUCAACUCGAUCGUAAACAAGAUCAGAUUCAAAUGCACGCCCAAACUAAAGUUGGUGGAUGUGGAGAAUGUCAUCGAGCUGAGAGAGGGCUACAAUUCGGACGGUCUUCAUGCGGCAGCCAAGCAUUUCAAGUUCCAACAGAGGUGUCCGGUAAGGAGAAGAUAAUUUUUGAUCAAAGCAAGUAUAAAAUUUAUCGGAAUGGAUUGCAUAAAUUAGAAUACAAUGUCAGUCCUAAAAAUUUUUGUUUUCAGGAAUCAAAUUGCUUUUCGAUUAUCUACAAACACCCGAAAUUCGUCUGCAAAUCCAUUGACUUUUGUUGCGAUCAUGGCGAAAGUAGACAGUUGUGGAUAAAUGCGUUCAAAACUUUCUUGUGCCAACGACCCAAGGACCCAGUGACAUUUGACGAGAAACUUUGGCUCUCCAGAAAUUUCAAGGAAGCUGACAGAAAUAAAAAUGGUGAGUUACAGUAACCUACAAUAUAAUUUUAUGAUUAAUAUAAAAUUCCGUUUCAUCUAACAGGCAAGAAUUUUAGGUGAAAUUGCGUUUAGUGAGCUCUGGCGACUUUUGCAACAGCUGAACCUUCAGAUGAGUGAGGAAUAUGUCAAAGCGUUAUAUAAGGUAACAUAGAUGAUAUAAUUAGCAUUGUUUGUUAGAUUGUUUGUUAAUUAGCUAUUGUUUGUCUCGAUUUUUUCAGCAAGUCCUUGAAUCGAAGCAAAAAAGUAACAAGGCGUUGGAUGAGACCGAAUUCUUUGAAUUAUUCCGGAUUUUGACCGAUUUGCCGGAGUACCGAAAUGCCCUGAGGCAAGCAAAUCCAGAUGGCGAAGAGAGUCUGAAUGCAAAACAGUUGAAGGAAUUUUUGAAGAACGAACAAAAUGUGAGUAAAAUAGAAGAGUUUCUUAUUUUGUUUAUUGCUUUUCAGUUUGACGACGUUGACGAGAGCAAAGCCUCAAAUAUCAUCAAAAAUUAUGAAGUAAGAGAAGAUACCGAAACGAAAGAGCCGGUCCUGACAAUUAAUGGUGGGUAAAAUAAAUUAUAAGACCUUUUUGACUGUAUUAAGCAAUUUUGUCUUGCUUUGACAGGCCUAGUUAUGUUUUUCGACAUUACUUUAGCUAUUUGCUCAUGAUUUAUACGACUGUUUUAGGAUUCCGUCGUCUUUUACAAAGUCGCUAUGGCUUCAUAAUGAAACCAGGACACGAAACGAUAUUCCAAGAUAUGGAUCAGCCAUUAAGUCAUUACUUUGUCAACUCGAGUCACAACACUUACCUCACUGGUCUUCAAAUGAGAGGAAACGCUACGGUAGAGGGCUAUAUCAGCGCUUUGAAGAAAGGAGCGAGAUUAUUAGAGUGUAAGUGGUAUUAUAAAACAUCUUGGGGAGUUUUGGGUGUCUUGGUGCACUAAAAUUAUAUUGUUUUAUCAGAUAUUAUAUUAAAUUCAAACAAUUUUUUAGUAGACAUAUUUGAUGGAGAGCACGGUGAACCUCAAAUCACCCACAAACGGACUCUGAUAGCCGCAAUUAGUUUGAGGAAUGCGGUGAAAUGUAUUGCCCAAUAUGCUUUUGAAACUAACCCAUACCCAGUGAUAUUAACCUUGGAGAAUCAUGCUGGCCAUGCUCAGCAGAAAGUGAUGGCUGACAUUUUUGAGGAGGUAAGCCGAUAAUUUACUAUGUUAUAUUGUGAUUGUUGCAGAUUCUCGGCGACAAGCUCUAUUUACCCCCAGAAGACGCGGCUUCGAAGCCUCUACCAUCACCGAAUCAGCUGAAGAAUAAAAUUUUGUUGAGGGGAAAAACUGUCCAAUCCCCGGUAUCCAGUCCUGAAGAAGAAGAGCCAGAGUCACCGGAUGAGCAGAAACUUCCAAAAUCCCCAAUUCAUCCAUCUGUCGGACGGUUAAUUGCAUUGCCAUCAGUAAAAUUGUCCAGCAACAUCUAUGCUGAUGUGCAAGAUCGUAAGUUUUGGACUUAAAAUGCCGUUUGUUGGGUUUAAAGUUUAAAGAUUAUGAUUCCUUGAAUCCUAAAUUAUGAUUUCAGAUCCUCUAAAUGGUUCUCCUUCCCUCUCCGAGAGCAAAGUCCACACUCUUUUGGAAGCCGGAGCUCCUCUCGCAACAUACACUGCAAAGCGAUUUGUCAAGUCCUACCCUAAGGGCAUCCGGCAAGACUCCUCGAAUAUGCAUCCAGUAGCCUCAUGGAUCUGUGGAAUCCAGUCUGUAGCCAUGAAUCUGCAAACCACCGGGGAGGAAAUGGAUUUAGUCACCGGGAUGUUCGCCAUCAAUGGAAAGACUGGAUAUGUGUUGAAACCAAAACUCCUUUUAGAUGGAUUGGAUCCAAGGGAGGAAAGUCGGAAUAGACCUUACACAGUGCUGAAGUUGGGCAUCAUUUGCGGUCAAUAUUUGCCCAAGGCAGAGCCUGGCCAUGAUAUUGUAGAUCCCUAUGUCAGCGUGGAGGUAUUCGGAGUGCCGGGUGAUGAGUGUAAGGCCAAGACAAGAGCUAUCAGGAAUAAUGGUAAGUCCUUGUGUGAUGGAGAGGGGUUUUUUAGUGGAACUUAUUGUUUUAGGUGAUCAAAAACGUCAAUAAAAUAAAUUUUUAUGUUGUUUUUUGCAGGCUUUAACCCAGUUUGGAAUGAAAACUUCACCCUGAGAAUAAAAUGCCCAGAGCUUGCGAUUCUCAAAUUCACCGUGAAAGACUUUGAUUCGACCAGUUCAAAUGAUUUCGUCGGUGAAUUUUCGAUCCCAAUUUCAAGUGUUAGAGCAGGUAAGGAGAAAUAAUGAGUAUUCUAAACAAUACUUUAGGCUACUCUCACAUCCGUUUGAACACCGGCUUUGAACAUUCUCCAGAUGAUGCGGCCUCAAUUUUUGUUCGAAUCGAAUUUGAUCAAGAAAAAUGA